UACAUACCUAGACGCACACCUCUUUGGCAAAUUGCGGCGAGUGACUCGUUAAAUGACGAAGAGAGUGUCAAAUUUUCCAACUCCAAACUCCAAACUUGCUUGACUUACCACCACUCGACAAAUGCUUCAAGUGGGUGAAACAAUGAUUGCUGCUCUCUUGGUGAUUUCGCUUCUAAAUCCGCAUGUUUUCGGACAACCUUUGUCCAGUUCCACUAUUACAGCCUUGAAAGAGGCUGCAACAACAAUCAGUGCUGGCAGUGAUCCUGAGUAUCACAAUCAGAAUGUUUCCACAUUCACCCAUACCACCCCGGGAAAGCGACUUGUUUUCAAGCGACCAAUGGGAAGGCAACCAGUAAUCAAUGUUCCCAUACAAGAUUACGCCCGAAUCGUGGCUGGAGAUUAUUCCCGUGUAUCUGAGCGUAAUGAGACUCAGAAUGAUUCCUCAAUUGCGGCACCGUUGAUCCAAUCGAAUGACACUGAAGAAGGUCAGGGUGGAAAUGGAACCAAGGACUUUGAUCCACCAAUAGUGGCGGCAUUGAUCCAAUCGAAUGGAACUGAAGCAGGUCCAGGGAGAAAUGGAACCGGGGAACAUGAUUGGACCGACCCAAGAACCUCGUGGGAUGAGAUGGAGUUCGAUGCGGGAGAUAAUGGCACUGUUCCCGAGAUUGGAAAGGCUCAAGGGCUGAUGAGAAACCUUCGGGAGAUUUGGGAUGACCUUGUGAGGUCACCGCUCAUGAUGGGCCUGAUUGGUGGGAGUCUGGUGUGUCUGUUCAUAAUGGGAUGCUCCUGUGGAAUCCUCAUGAAGACUUGGUGUUGCUCCAAACAUGCCAAGAAACCUGUUAACUUUGGUGACAUCAGCAACCAGUAUCGCAGAAUGAAAACUGACCCUUGCUCUGCGGAACGGUUGGGUUGGCAAUUUCACGCUGGAAAUGAAGCCCCAGGUCCCAAUGAUGACUCCACUCAUUCCAAGGCGAAUGUCUACCAAAUUCAAGACCCUCGAAUAAGGAAAAACUCGCCAAUUUCGCGAUCUGAUGCCAAUUUGGCCAUAAUUCAGCCGGCGUUCCGACCCUCGAGGCCCGCUCAAUACUGGAAUACAUCCCUUCCAUCAUCUCGACAUUCCGCUGCGGUUUCGUAUCAAGAUGCAGGUGGUUACACUUUGCCGCAUGUGUUAAGAAAUGGAAAUCCGGACCUUGGGCCUGGUCUCAGCUUGAAAUCCAUUGGUUCUGGACGAACAGAGCCAAUCAAAGUUUCAGCCCCGAGCACGAUGAGGUUGUCUCUUUUGAAGGAUCAAAACGAAAAUGAGGAUGAAGUGGUUAUUGUUGAUAAUGAUGAUGAUGAUCAUCGGGCCGAGAGUCCAUCGGAGGAGCUAUUCCCCCCGCCGCCUCCACCAGAAGAGGAUCCAGAGGAGUUUGUGGACAAGCGUGUGUCUUCUUCCUCGGGAAUGACCUCGUUCCUCCGUAAUGGGCCAAAAAGCCAUCAAACCAAAGAGAUGUCCACUUACGAUUGGGACAAUGUGCAGCACAUUUGAAAUACUGUAGAAAUUAAAUGGAAAUAAAACGACCUGCUUGCUGUAGGUGAA